AUGGGGAGAGGGAAAAUAGAGAUAAGGAGGAUAGACAAUUCGACGAGUAGGCAGGUGACGUUCUCCAAGCGGAGGAAUGGACUCCUAAAGAAAGCAAAAGAGCUGGACAUCCUUUGCGACGCCGAGGUUGGGAUCAUCGUCUUCUCCAACACCGGAAAACUCUACAAUCUCGCAAGCUCCAAACAAAAGUCGUCGCAUUCCCAACGUUGA